GUAUCCGCAGCCCGAGUACCUUUUCAACCUGGUCUUGAUACACCCGAGACAACGAAGGCAGAAGCGCAGCAUCCUCCCAAUCACGCUCUCGACCGCAGUCGUUUCAUGUCUUGGUGCGUCCAAUCGUUUAUACUUAGUAUGUAGAGGUGGAAGCAGAGGUUCGCGCUUGUGGUGUCAUGGCACCGUCUUGGCCCUCACUGAUAUCUGAGGUGUCCCGCUGGCUGCUGCUUUCAGUCACCCGAGUUAUCGCAUAUUCAGCGGCAGUUGCGGCUUUCACGCGGUGCAGGAUUGCGCUCGUAGGUAGAGGUAGCUCUGAGUGUGCGGGUCCAUCGUCGACGAGGUAGGUCCGGAUGGCUCCUCUUUAAACUUGGGAACCUUCGUCCUCCUUCACGGCCCCGCCGAGGUAACCAAAGGUAACACUUCCCAGCCUGAAGAGUGGGGAUAUUCUGGCAACGGGAAGGUAAACUUGAGGAAGGGGGGCCAGGGCAUGCCGGGCUCAGGAUGCCCGCCAUUCCGCCUAUCCUCCAGACCCAUCACGAUCCCCAUCUCAUUGCCCAUCCAACCUAUGAAUCGCUUCCGCCUUAUCCACACUUGGCUCGCCCUUACAUCCCUGUCCCUUUCUAGAGUCUCUUCGUUCUCUGCAAGAGUCUUUAGCCCGCCCGCCCUGGUACCUCGACAGGAUCCAUAACGUCGUUAUUUUCCCUCCCAGCGUCUAACUUGACAUUCUUUCUUUUACCUCGUCUUCUCGCUUGCCCAUUUCCCUCUCGUUUCCUUGUCCUCUCUCCAUCUCUAUCCUUGACUAUCCUUUUAUUUGAAAUCGCAUAAAGCAACCUUUGCUCUUUCACAUAUCAUGCGCCGUUAUCGCUCAUAGCGUCGCCACUACGUCUGUUUACCCAAUAGCCGCCUACUACUACAUCCCUACAUCCCACUUCGAGCUUUGCCAUCAAUGCCAAAAUAAACAUAUUCAUUUUCUGGCCAUAUCCAACCGCCUUUCGCCAUUCUCCCUUUCACAACACGAAACACAUCGCCAGGCUACCCACCCUACACUAGCUGGCCAUGUCGUUCACCAAUUUCUUCACAUCGGUGACAGGGAAGCAUGCCUACACCUACUUUGACAUUCGACUUGAGAGCGACUUCAUCGUUUUCCGCGGCAAUGAGCACGAAUCUGCUGGCCAACUUUUGCAGGGCACCGUCGUGCUAUGCCUACCAGCGCCGCUGAAAAUCGAGGACGUCCAUUUAAGAUUGACGGGAACUCUGCACAUGAGCUGGAACGACCCUCGAGUCACUGCCGCCGGAAUAUCAAACCACAAGAUCGACCGCACCUCUACGAUAUAUUCGCACCGAUGGAAGCCCUUUGUGGGUGUUGGCGCCGAAAAUCAGUCCAUCGGUAGCCCCAAUGGCCUCAUGAGCAGGGGUGUUACACUGCCCGCCGGGAACUACGAAUGGCCCUUUGAGCUGAUGCUGCCGGGAGAUAUGACCGAGAGCGUCGAAGGUCUCCGCGAAGCGAGUCUCACCUAUAAACUUAAGGCUACGGUAGCACGGGGCAAGCUCGCUUACGACCUUCACGCCUACAAGCGUCUGCGCAUCAUCCGAACCCUCGAUCCGUCAACCCUGGAAUUUCUUCACACAAUGAGCGUGGAAAACAUCUGGCCAAACAAGAUUGAGUACUCAAUCAUGAUUCCCAAGAAGGCUGUUGUUUUUGGCAGCACGAUUCCUUUGCAAACUAGAUUUACGCCUCUUUUGAAGGGCCUGGAGCUGGGAGAGAUCACCAUCAGGCUGCUGGAGGUUCACGAGUUCAUACUUCAGUCACAUUCAGGUUACGGGGUCCGCGAACACAAGAAGGAACGGGAAAUAUCGGUUUGGAAGAUUCCCAUUGAGAGGGAGAAGCAUUGGCAAGAUGUCAUUGAGGAUACUGGACAGGAAGGAUGGGUAAUGAACACAGGACUCGACUUGCCACGGACGCUAGGCAAGUGUGUGCAGGAUGUCAACGCUCACGGCAUCAAGGUGCGCCACAAGUUGAAGGUGGUGCUCGCUCUACACAACCCGGAUGGGCACAUCUCGGAACUUCGCGCAACGUUGCCUGUUUCGAUCUUCAUUUCCCCCAACAUGCCUCUGGAUGAAGAGGGUAACUUGGUGAGACAGAUGCCUAAUGGGACAACGCCUGGGGAUGUGGUCGCGGCCCCCCCUCCGAGCUAUGACGAACAUACACUAGACCAGCUCUACGAAGAUAUGGAACCCACGGGCCUGCAGACUCCAGCCGGCAUGGCGAGCCCGUUGUACGGCCACUCGCGCGCAGGAUCGGUCGAGAAUCUCGCAGCGUUGCUUCACAUGCAUAGCACGGCGGUGCCCCCGGCAGCACUCACGUCUAGAUUACAGAAUGUGUCCCUGGAGCCUUCGAGCCGCAGCACCUCGUGGAAUGACGGGGACUCGGAGACGGCCACGCCCAACAAUGGCCCCGCAGACAGUGUUCACAGUUCGGCCUUUCCGUCGGCACCCCUGACACGACAGAAUAGCGGCGAUAAUAUCACUGCCGAGGCCAUGUCGGGAUAUCAUACGCCAGAGCACUUGGACUUUUCGGGCAUAAUGGAGCUCAGCAAGGUUCCGAGUUACCACACGGCGGUCAAGACACCAGUUCGGCCCAUCGCGUACCCUGAGGGCACGGUCCUGCCCGACUACGUGGCUGCGACAAGCGCUUCUGGAAGCACCACUCCUGGAUCACCGGAACUUGGUCACUCAGAGGCUGGGGAUGGUGCAAGUAAAGUGGAAGAGCGCAACCAAUCGCGUCCGGAACCACCUCGGCGCAAGUCAGCGCGGUCGCGGCUCGCCUUCACGCUCUCGCACAUUCCGCACAUCCAUCACUCGCAUUCACACCACGGUCACUCCCAUUCAGAGUCUGAAGAUCGCAGACGGCACUCGUCGAUGAUGCAGGCCAAUUGAGUAGAGGUUUGCCGGGGCAUGUGUUUCUUUCGCGAUCAAAAUCCGUGGUAAUCUGGCUUGUUCUUGGCUGGUCAAAUAAUUAGGCAUAGCUGCACGGAGUUUAUGUUGGGAUGGCGACAAAGGAUUUCUUUUUGGUUAUUGGCUUUUCUCUCUUUCGUUGGGCGCGUACGAUUUGGGUAAAACAGCGGACUGGGAACGGCGGAUAGUGAUAGAACUGGCUUAUACAUGGGCAUAUUUGUUGAGAGAUGGACCGGCGGCGCCCGCAUUUCAACUAGCACCUACAUAGAUUCUGAUACCCCUCCUCACAAUGGACAAUAUCGAGUAAUAACAAUACACAAAAAUAAUAUCUCUGCUACG